CAUCUCUUGCAGACAUGAACCUGAUGAGGCUGGUGGUCCAGAAGGUCCGGCUGGUCUCCUGUGAGCCAACGCUGGUCCGGAGUCUUCUCUCUCCUCCUCGCUUCUGCCAGCUGGCUCGCAGCCUUUCCGCCAAACAGGUCAGAGGUCAAAAGAAGGUUCCGAAUAAACAGAACAUAAAAACCAAAGCAGUCAAACAGGAAGUGGAAAUCAGUCAGAGGAUGACGGUGUCAGCUCUGGCCCAGGCCAUGAACAAAGACUUCGACCACAUUGUUGAGGCUCUGCUGAACACAUCAGUGGACCUGGACUCACUGGAGCCGGACUCAGUUCUGGAGGAGAAGUGGAUCAAAGAGGUGGUGACUCGCUCCGGGAUGAAGUUCAAAUGGGCCAAACUGACUCAGACCAAAGAGAGAGAAGACAAAGAUGUUGGCAGAAGAUCUGCGGCGGACCCGGCCCGUCUGGUGUCCAGACCUCCUGUAGUGACCAUCAUGGGUCAUGUGGACCACGGGAAGACCACCCUGCUGGACAGCCUGAGGAAGAGCCAGAUCACUGCCAUGGAGGCCGGAGGCAUCACGCAGCACAUAGGAGCCUUCCUGGUCCAGCUGCCGACGGGGGAAUGCAUCACCUUCCUGGACACGCCGGGUCAUGCGGCCUUCUCCUCCAUGCGAGCCCGCGGGGCCAACGCCACCGACAUCGUGAUCCUGGUGGUGGCAGCAGACGACGGCGUGAUGGAACAGACAGUGGAAUCCAUCCGACAUGCCAAGAGAGCCAGAGUGCCUAUAAUCGUCGCGGUUAACAAGUGUGACAAGCCACAGGCAGACACAGAGAGAGUCAAACAGGAGCUGCUGGCUCAUGAUGUUGUCUGUGAGGAGUUUGGAGGAGAUGUUCAGGCCAUCCAUAUCUCUGCUCUGAAGGGAGAAAACCUGAUGGCGCUGGCUGAGGCCACCGUCACGCUGGCUGAAGUUCUGGAGCUGAAGGCGGAUCCAAGCUGCAGUGUGGAGGGCGUCAUCAUCGAGAGCCGGACAGACAAAGGAAAAGGUCCAGUCACCACAGCCAUUGUCCAGCAGGGGACCCUGAAGAAGGGCUGUGUCCUGGUGGCGGGGAAGACAUGGGCAAAAGUUCGCUUCAUGUUUGAUGAAAACAACCGCACGGUGUCCCAGGCCGGGCCCAGCGUCGCCGUGGAGAUUGUAGGGUGGCGUGAGCUACCAUCGGCUGGGGAACUGAUGCUGGAGGUGGAGUCAGAGCAAAGAGCAAGAGAGGUGGUGGACUGGCGCUGCUAUAAAGAGGAGCAGGACAAACUGAAGGAGGAGGAGGUGGUGAUUGAGGCCAAACAGAAGCAGCACCAUGAGAGCUACAAGAAGGAGCGCGAGGCCUUCGCCCACCUCAGCUGGAGGCAGAGGAAGUCUGCGCUGUACCGCAUCAACCGCCAGCAGGCGGCUAUGAGACCCAGCGAGAGAGCAGCCGACCAGGAGCUCACUCUACCACUCAUCAUUAAAGGUGAUGUUGAUGGCUCUGUGGAGGCCCUCUUGAAUAUUCUGGACAGCUAUGACGCCCAUGAGCAGUGUCAGCUCGAGGUGGUUCACUUCGGCAUUGGAGACAUCACUGAGAGCGACGUCAGCAUGGCGGAAACCUUCUCAGGUUCAGUUUAUGGUUUCAAUGUCACUGCCAACAAGUCCGUCCAGCAGCUGGCCAGCAAGAAAAGCGUCCCGCUCAAACUCCACAGAGUCAUAUACAAACUCAUUGACGACCUGAAGGAGGAGCUGAGCAGCAAACUCUCCCCGCUGGUCAAAGAGAAUGUGAUUGGUGAGGCGGCGGUCUUGGCCAUGUUUGAGGUCACAGUGGGGAAGAAGAAGGUUCUGGUAGCCGGCUGUCGGGUCCAGAAGGGAUACCUGGACAAACGAAUGAAGUUCCGGCUGAUCCACAAUGAGGAGACCAUUUGGGACGGCUCCUUGACGGCGCUGAAGCACCAUAAGGAUGACGUGCAGACGGUGAAGCUGGGCAUGGAUUGCGGCAUCUCCAUCGACGCUGGUGUGGAGUUCACGCCGGGAGACAGCAUUGUCUGUUACCAGGAGGUCCAGUCACAGGAUCAGAUAUCCUGGGAUCCAGGAUUUUAACACCAUCUACAGGAUGAUCAGUUCAGUUCUCCUGUCCUGUCACUCAAACUUGACAUGUUUAAUCCCUGGAUGAGAAACCUGUUCUUGUCUAAGUGCUGUUGAGCAAGGCACUGAACUCAACAGCUGUUGGCUCUGGCUCGCCAACCAGAAGCUAACGCAUCUCUUGUUCUUACCGAUGCAUUGACUGACUGGACAAAGUUUAUUGUGCAGUAUAAACAUGUAUGAUUGUUCUGGGUGAAUCCUGGAUCCACCAGGGGUUCUCAGUGAGGAACCUGAUGCUGGAGAACAUGGUGGCUGUUACUUCUUCACUGGAACUGGAAAUCAGCCACUCUAAGCUAGCUAGCUGUGUGGAACCAGUGAAUCUGGUUUAGACUGUGGUUGGGAGAUUUAAAUGUUUAUUUUUGGGGUGUGUAUAUAAAGCUUAA